AAUGAUGCAGUGACUUCGGGCACUACCAUCAAUAAGCCUGCGCGCUCCGACAAGGUCAUCCUCACAGACAAGCCCGUACCCACAGCAGAAUGGCAUCUGUCGGACGAGAUACGAAGACUGGAGCAGCUGGAGUCAGACACGAGCGAACGUCCCAGAUCAUUGGGCAUUUCUUGGACCGAUCUCACCGUCACGGGCAUCAACGCUGGUUCAGCAUUCAACGAGAAUGUGCUAUCACAGUUCAAUCCAUUCCACAAAAGCAUCGUUAUGAAUACUGAGGAGGAAGUUUUCUUCCCAACGCUAUCAGUCCAAAACACCAUCGAUUUUGCUACACGCCUGAAAUCUCCUCGCCAUCUUCCAGCAGGAUUUCACACGCAAUCCCAGUAUGCGCAAGAAUACAAGGACUUCCUGCUAGAGUCAGUCGGCAUCUCCCACACGGCAAGGACUAAAGUGGGUGAUGCUUUCAUCCGCGGCGUCUCUGGUGGCGAGAGGAAACGCGUGUCCAUUCUCGAAUGCCUUGCUACACGCGCGAGUAUCUACUGUUGGGACAACUCGACUAGAGGCCUUGAUGCGAGCACUGCCCUCGAUUACAUCAAAGCGAUUCGGGCGAUGACCGAUAUUCUUGGACUCUCUAGUAUUGUCACAUUGUACCAAGCAGGCAAUGGAAUCUACGAACAAUUCGAUAAGGUACUCGUCCUUGAUGAGGGCAAGCAAAUUUACUACGGACCUCGUCAGGACGCAGUUCCAUUCAUGGAAGCCCUUGGCUUCGUCUGUACCCACGGCUCGAACAAGGCUGACUUUUUGACCGGCGUGACCGUCCCAACCGAGCGCAGAAUUGCUUCUGGAUACGAGAACAUAUUUCCACACACAAGCGAAGACAUCGCUGGGGCCUACAACCGAUCUCAAUACAGGACGUAUAUGUUUGAAGAAGCGCGGAGUUAUCCGGAAAGCGAAACAGCAAGAGUAAACACCAUCGCUUUCCAAGACUUAGUCGCCAAAGAGAAGCAUCAGGGCAUUCGGGACUCGCCUGUGUCGGCGAACUUCUUCGAGCAGGUACAGACCACGGUUGUCAGACAAUAUCAGUUGUUAUGGGGAGACAAGGCCACCAUGAUCAUCAAGCAAGUUGCGACCCUUGUACAAGCGCUGAUCGGUGGAUCGCUCUUCUACGCUGCUCCUGCUAACAAUCUGGGUCUUUUCAUCAAAGGCGGCGCCAUCUUUNUCUCAACUCUGUACCAUGCUUUACUUGCUCUCGGCGAGGUGACCGAUUCUUUCACAGGCAGGCCAGUACUGGCAAAACAUCGCUCCUUCGCUUUGUAUCACCCAGCGGCAUUCGUCAUUGCCCAAGUUGUUACUGAUAUUCCCAUCCUGCUGUUCCAAGUGGGGCAGUUUAGCGUUGUGCUUUACUGGAUGACUGGUCUCAAAGAUACUGCUGCCGCAUUCUUUACAUUUCUUAUAAUCAGCUACAUGAACGCCCUAGCUAUGACACAAUACUUCAGAGCCGUGGGCGCUGCCUUUCCAACAUUCGACGCCGCUACAAAAGUUUCCGGUCUUACUUUUGUAGCGCUAUUCAUCUACAUGGGCUAUAUGAUCGCAAAGCCUGAAAUGCAUCCGUGGUUUAUACCAUGUGUUGGCCCAAAUCUUAUACCCAAUGGCCCUGGGUACGGCGGAAAUGCGGGUGGACAAUCUUGUGUCGGCGUGAUCGGCGCCGCUCCAGGUGCGACUAGCUUUUCUGGCGACUCAUAUCUUGCUGCUCUAUCAUACUCUUACUCCCACGUUUGGCGCAACUUCGGCAUCCUGUGUUCGUGGUGGGUGUUCUUCGUCGGCGUCACAAUCUUUNUCACUUCUAGGUGGAAUCAGGUCAGCGGAGGAAGUCGCAAGCUACUCAUUCCUCGGGAAAGACAGAACAAGGCAAUUCACCUCUUGCAGCCUUGCGAUGAGGAGGCUGCUCAAAUCUCAGAAAAGGAUACGGAUACUAGCUUCAAGUCGGACGACGACACUGAGCCGGAUUUGAUGCGCAACAGAAGCAUUUUCACCUGGAAGAACCUCAGCUACACUGUGGCAGGUCCAGAUGGCGAUCUUGUCCUCUUGGACAAUGUGCAAGGCUAUGUCAAGCCAGGCAUGCUUGGUGCGCUCAUGGGCUCGUCAGGUGCAGGCAAAACCACUCUGCUAGACGUCUUGGCCCAACGCAAAACCCAAGGCACGAUCAGCGGCUCCGUCCUUGUCGAUGGAAAACCCAUUCCUAUCUCUUUUCAACGCUCAGCUGGCUACGUUGAACAACUGGAUGUCCAUGAGCCUCUAGCAACAGUACGUGAGGCACUUGAAUUCUCAGCUCGAUUGCGACAGUCCUGCGAUGUAUCUGACGAAGACAAAUUACGCUACGUAGACACGAUCAUCAACCUUCUUGAUUUGACCGCUCUCGAGCAUACCCUUGUUGGCUCUCCAGGCUCCGGUUUGUCAAUCGAGCAACGCAAGCGCUUGACCAUUGCCAUUGAACUGGUUGCUAAGCCCAGCAUCAUCUUUCUCGACGAGCCUACAUCCGGAUUAGAUGGACAGGCUGCCUUUAACACUGUCAGGUUCCUUCGAAAACUUGCAGCAGCAGGCCAGGCUAUUUUGGUUACUAUCCACCAACCUUCAGCUCAAUUGUUCGCUCAAUUUGACAAACUGCUUCUACUUGCCAAAGGCGGCAAGACCGUCUACUUUGGUGAUAUUGGCGAUAAUGCUGAGACCAUCAAGGACUAUUUGAGCCGCAACGGAGCACCUUGCCUACUAGAAGCAAACCCAGCCGAGCAUAUGAUCGAGGUCAUCUCUGGCUCAGACCAUAAGGACUGGAAUCAAGUUUGGCUUGAAUCAGACGAAUGCAAACACCUAUCGAUCGAGAUCGACGAUAUGAUCUCGCAUGCGGCAUCAAAUUCUAAUACUGUUCAAGAUGACGGCAACGAGUUCGCGACAUCGAUGUGGACACAGACUAAACUUGUGACGCAGCGCAUGAAUCUCUCCCUCUACCGCAACACUGAGUACGUGAUGAACAAGUUCGCCAUGCAUGUUCUCCUAGCUCUUCUCAGUGGCUUUACCUUCUGGAUGAUCGGAGACUCGCUGAACGACCUCCAACAGAAUCUGUUUACUGUUUUUAUUCUUAUCUUUGUGUCGCCGGGUGUUAUUUCACAGCUCCAGCCCCUUNUUAUCGAUCGGAGGGAUAUCUUCGAGGCAAGAGAAAAGAAGAGCAAGAUGUUCCCCUACCUGAUCGUGUGUGCUCUGUUAUACUAUGUGUGCUGGUACUUUGCUGCUGGCUUGAACACUUCGGCGUACUCUGCUGGCAGCGUCUUCUUCGUUGUCGUAGCCUACGAGUUUCUCUACACAGCCGUCGGACAAGCUAUCGCAGCAUACGCGCCCAAUGCCGUCUUUGCAUCGCUGGUCAACCCGCUGGUGAUUGUGACACUUGUCUCUUUUGCCGGCGUUGUCGUGCCUUACAGUCAGAUUCAGCCUNUUUGGAGAUACUGGCUCUACUACAUCGACCCUUUCAACUAUGUCAUGUCUAGCCUGAUGGUCUUUACAAUCUGGGACAAGCCUGUUAUCUGCAAAGCCAACGAACUCGCUCUGUUCGACNCCCCAGCCGGCCAGACCUGUGCUCAGUACCUGUCAGCCUACCAAAACGGCAUGGGAGUAGCAUCAAAUAUUCUAAACCCGAAUGCCCGAUCUGCUUGCCAGGUGUGCCAGUAUACUACCGGCGCAGAUUACUUGCACACGCUCAACCUAGACGACAAGUAUUUUGGCUGGAGAAAUGCAGGUUUGAUAGUGGUUUUUGUGUUUGGCAUAUAUGGGAUUGUAUAUCUGUUGAUGAAACUUAGGACGAAGCAGACUAAGAAGAUAGAAAGU